UGUGCUCUUGUGAAUGUGUCGGGACGAGAUCUGGUAUAUGGUUGCACACCCACGCAGCGAGAUCCGCUGGCUCGGCGAGAUCCUAUCCCCCGGAUCUCAGUGAGCGAAAGCCUCUGAUUCGUUGUCUACGCAUCGAAUUCAUAGAAAAAAAGUCCCCCACUUUGUUUUUCAACUUGGAUCUCAUUUUGACUAAUAUUGUCUGUGCGUGUGAGGUGUAAAGCUUUUGAAAAUUGAUACCACGUCGCGCUAGCGUCGCCUACACACAGCAGCUCAGUGUUGCCAAAGUAGGGAAUUUUUUGUAGACCUAGGGAAUUUUUCUCUAGCGUAGUGCUUGGACUCCUGGGCUGUUCCCGCUUCCUUAUCCUCUUCACAAACUCCUGGAAUGUUCAUGUUCAUGUUCUGUAGGAGUGAUGUUUUGUUGUGGCCACUGCAGUCAGAAUUUUCAGAAAAGAUGUGCAUUUAUGGUUCACGUUUCAAAGUGCAGAGAAAGAGACAAGGUUGCAGCUGAGUCCAAAGAUAGUUCAGAUAGUUCAUUGAAUUAUGACUCGGACAAGGAUCCCCCUUGGAGUCCCUCUGGGAGUGAAUACUCUUCAGACUGUGAAUCGCCAUUGACACAAGAGCAGUUGAAUGUUGUAACUGAAGCAUGUAACUUCCUUACUGAUUGGGAUCCUGAUGAGUUUGAAGAAGAAGGCUCAGCUGGUGGGCAGUCUACAAUUGCUUCUGGUGCAGGCCAAUCUACCAUCUCAGCUGGUGCUGAAGAAUCUACUGGUGAUGGGCAGUCUACAAUUGCUUCUGGUGCAGGCCAAUCUACCAUCUCAUCUGGUGCUGAAGAAUCUACUGGUGAUGGGCAGUCUACAAUUGCUUCUGGUGCAGGCCAAUGUACCAUUUCAGCUGGUGCUGAGGAAUGUACUGGUAGUGGACAGUCUACUAUUGCUUUGGGCGCAUGCCAAUCCACAAUUUCAGGUGGUGUAGAGGAAUCUGCUGGCGGUGGGCAGUCUACCAUUGCUUCUGGCGCAGGCCAAUCUACCAGUGCUUCUGGUGCAGGCCUAUCUGAUGGAGAGAACAUUAAUGUAAUGGUUGCCAAAAAAAGACAAGAUGGAAAGAGGAUUUGGGACAAAAGAGAUUCUUGUAUUUUUUGUGAUUUACUAGUCACAAACUUCAUAAGACAUCUAACAAGGAACCAUUCUGAAGAAAUGAAAGUUGCCGAAAUUUUAGCUCAACCCAAAGGUUCUGCAAUGAGGAGAUCUAUGAUCGAAAAGCUCCGAAAGAAAGGAAAUUUCAAUUAUAACACAAACGUUCUGAGAGAAAAAUCUGGUAAUAUUAUUACCGUACAAAGACCAACUAAUGAUUGUAAUAUUGAAAAAUAUCUCCCAUGCAAAUUAUGUCUGGGAUUUUUUUCCAAAAAUCGACUGUACCGACACAUGAAAGACUGCAAAGAAAACAGUGGAAAAGAAAGCUCUAGGAAUGCGCAGAGUGCAGGUCAAGCCUUAUUGGUAGUUGCUAACUUUUCAUGUUCAGACAGCUUGAAAACAAAAAUUUUUCCUAUUAUGAGAAAUGACAAAAUAAGCAAAACUGCACAGGAAGAUGAACUUAUAUGUGAAUUUGGGUUGAGGUUGCUCAAACAACAUAAAGAACAACAUGUAAAACCAAUAAUAUCCCAAAAGAUGCGAGAAUUAGCAAGACUGAAGAUAGAACUUCUAACAAAUAAGCCAACAGCAAUAGACAAGUCAGGUAAAAUUAAAAAGCUUCAAACACUUGAAGACUAUUUAGACCCUGACUUUUACAAUGAUGUAGUUAAGGCGGUUAACACAAUUGCCGGAUUCAAUGAAGAAAAUGGUAAAUACAAAGUGCCUUCAUUGGCCUUGAAACUAGGGCACUCCCUUAGGAGCUGCUCCGAAAUCAUUGAGUUCAAGGGUACAACAACAAGUAACGAAUAUUUACGAAAGAGAGGAAAGAGGUUUCAUCAGCUUUUACCCAAAAUGUGGAAGUAUGAUGUAUCUUCCAAUGCAUCAAAAACUUUGAGUACAGCAAAGUGGAAUAAACCCACAAGAAUUCCCCUUGCUGAAGAUUUGAAACAACUUCAUGAUUUUAUAAUAAAAGAAGAAAAGAGUUUGUAUGACCAAAUGAAAAAGCUUCCUUCUGAAAGUGUAUGGAGGGAACUAGGAAAAAUAUCUUUAGCCCACAUCAUUCUACUGAAUAGGAGAAGAUCUGGCGAAGCCCAAAGAAUUGAGGUUGCUCAUUACCUAACUAUAAAUAACCCCAAGACUACUUCUGACAUUGACACUCUGUUAACAGAAACUGAAAAAAAAUUGUGCAAGACAUGGGCUAGAUUUCAAUGUCGAGGCAAAAGAGGCGCCCCUGUCCCUGUUCUCUUAACUGAAGGGAUGAGAAAAAAUAUGGAACUGCUUAUGACAACAAGGGACAUAGCAAACAUCUGUAUUGAAAAUCCAUAUUUUUUUGCCAUACCAAGAACCAAAAACAGUUGUUUUCGAGGUUGUGAUGUUCUAAGGCAUUUUGCUAAACAGUCUGGUGUGCAGUACCCAGAGCUGAUCAGGUCCACCAAAUUGCGUAAACAUGUAGCAACAAUGUCUCAACUUCUGAAUUUGUCUGGAAAUGAGAUUGAGUGUUUGGCUACAUUUAUGGGUCAUUCUGUCAAUGUUCACAAAGAAUAUUACCGGCUCCCAGACGAUGUGGGCCAAGUAGCCAAAAUAAGCAAGUUACUACUAGCUUUAGAAUCAGGUAAGUUGAAAGAAAUGAAAGGACAAAACUUUGAUGACCUUCAAGUUGACAUGGGCAAUGAUAGCUUAACAGAGUCAGAUGCUAGUGAUCAUGAAGAUGAGGGGACAAGAAGUGUUGAGAUAAAUGAAGAUCAACCUUUGACAUCUCAAACUUAUGAAGCUGACUCAAACACUUCAUCCCCAGAAAAUAAAAGUGAAAGGCCUCAUGAUGGACAGUCUACCGUUGCUUCUGGUAGAGCCAACACUAGAGUGAAGAAACGUAGAGUUACUGUUGUAAGAAAGAUGUGGUCCCAAGAAGAAACCGAUGCUGUAGUAAGACACUUUCAAAAACAUAUAAUCAUGAAAAAGGUUCCAAACAAAGAAGAAUGUGACCGGUGUUUGGAAAAAGAAGCUUGUUUGAGCAAUAGGUCAUGGUCUAACAUUAAAUAUCAUGUGAAAAACAUGUUUAAUAAACUGCGUUGAAAUGCAAUUAAUACCUUAAUCUGUGCAUACAUUAUCAAUUUUUUCAUCAAAUUCCCACAAAUAAGAGAGCUUCAAACUCCUCCCAAUUGCUUCAAUUUCCUUCAAAGAAAUUCUAUUAUUAAAAAACAGUUUUCCCUUUAUACUGUUUCAACUUGUGAAGAACCUAACUAUGAAUGUUGUAGUUUUUAAAGCUUAAACUCAACUUCAAACUUAUUCUAAAACAAUAUCUAAAUAUUUUUAGCAACGUUUAUGCACGUGAUGUCGAAAUAAAAUACAUGAUAGGCCUAAACCUUUUUUGCUAU